AUGUCCUUACCACAAAAAAGGUUUUACAGACAAAGAGCACAUUCCAAUCCCAUAGCCGAUCAUUGCUUUGACUAUCCUCAGACACCAGCCCUCAUGGAUUGGAGUAAAUACUACCCAGAAAAAUUUAAGGAAUGUGCUGAAAGUCCUCCAACAGUUGAAUUUGCAGAUAUAGGCUGUGGAUAUGGUGGUCUUUUGAUAACCCUGUCCCCAAUGUUUCCUAACAGCCUGAUGAUAGGAAUGGAAAUAAGGGUUAAGGUAUCUGAUUAUGUUAUGGACCGAAUUGCAGCCCUCAGAACUCAAAAUCCUAGUGAAUAUCAAAAUAUAGCAUGCUUAAGGACAAAUGCAAUGAAGUAUUUACCAAAUUAUUUCAGGAAAGGACAGUUGAAAAAAAUAUUCUUUUUGUAUCCUGAUCCUCAUUUCAAAAAGGCAAAACAUAAAUGGAGGAUAGUGAAUCAGAGUUUACUAGCAGAAUAUGCAUAUGUUCUAUCUGAAGGUGGAAUAGUUUAUACAGUGACAGAUGUUAAAGACCUACAUGAAUGGAUGGUUCAACAUUUUGAAGAACAUCCACUGUUUAGUAGGAUUUCAGAUGAAGAACUGAAAUUGGACCCAAUCAUUGAAAAAUUAUAUAGUAGUACAGAAGAAGGGCAGAAGGUGUCAAGAAAUAAUGGGGACAAGUUCUUAGCAGUGUUCAGGAGAAUCAAGGAUCCACUUGUUAUUGUGUGA